AUGGCUUUGGACAUAAGUGUGACCUCCAGUGGAUCCAGCACAGCCUCCAAUAUUGGAUCCAGCACAACCUCCAGAGGGACCAGCACAGUCUCCAAUACUGGAUCCAGCAUGACCUCUGGAGGAACCAGCAUACCUGUCAACACUGGAUCCAGCACAACCUUCACUGGGGCCAGUACAACCUCCGACACUGGAUCCAGUGUGACCUCCAGUGGACUCAGCACAUCUAUCAACACUGGAUCCAGUGCAACCUCCAGUGGGGCCAGUACUGCCUCCAACCCUGGAUCCAGUGUGACCGCCAGUGGAUCCAGCACAGCCUCCAAUAUUGGAUCCAGCACAACCUCCGGAGGGGCCAGCACAUCUCUCAACACUGGAUCCAGUGUGACCUCCAGUGUGACCAGCAGAACCACCAACACUGGAUCUAGUGCAACCACAGGAGGCUCUGGCAUACCUUCAACUGGAACACACACAACUUCCAAUAGAAUUAGCACAAGUGCUGCUACUCCUGUGAGUGAAGUGAAGCCCAGUGGGUCUCUGAAGCCAUGGGAAAUCUUCCUCAUCACUCUGGUCUCAGUUGUGGUGGCCGUGGGACUCUUUGCUGGGAUCUUCUUCUGUGUGAGAAACUCCCUGUCCUUGAGAAAUGUCUUCAACACAGCUGUCUACCGCACCCAUGUCCCCAACCUUGGCCUGGGACCUGGAGGGAACCGCGGAGUCCACGAUAGGCCUAGGUGGAACUCUAACUGGUUCUGGAGGAGACCAGUAUCUUCAAUAACCAUGGAGAUGACAGGGAGAUAUGAUGGGCCCUGA